GAUAUAUAUUUUCUUUCUGCCUAUCUUUUCUUCUUUAAUAACCACGUACCAAACUAAACACAUUCUUUAUACAAUCAAGUGCGUGCUGCUGUAUGUCACUGCAUUCAUGCUCCGCGUCUGUUUAGUCUGGCAUUUUGAACCCAGAUAAAGAAAGAGCCCGCAUCUAACAAUUCUAUGAGUCGUCUUCGUCUGAUAACACGGCCCGACAGCUACCAAUCAAGUUCUUCGUCGCAGACAGGGUGAGACAGAGAAGGGGGUAGGGACAGGGAGAUAGAGCAGACAACCUUAAAUAGAAGUGUACUCGCCUGCAUCCACCUCUCGUGCUGCGAAUUUGACAGCAGAAGCGACUUAUCAUGACCAGUAAAAUCGCUCUCGUCGUCGCCUCGGUUUAUCUCUCCUGCUCCAUCGCGUCGAGCGAUCGAAACCUCGAGGCUGAAAAUAGAACUUGCGAGUGUCUCGAGAAGUCUCGUGACGCGAGAUCCGACGACGUGGACGCCAUCACCGUGGUGCUGGACCGACAUUCCCAGCUGAUCGACGAUCUAACAGCACGGCUGCAGGCGCUGGAAAACAGGUCACAAAAGAAAGUGGUAUUUUCCGCUCACUUUUCCAUUGAAGUAAUUAAAGAUAUCGGACCAGGAAAGACCAUCAUUUUUGACACUGCUGCUUUCAAUAUUGGAAACGGGUAUGACCCUGCAACAGGGAUAUUUCGUGCCCCGUACGCAGGGGAGUACGUCUUUCACAUCAAGAUUCUUUCAGCAAGCAACAAUGGUAUACGCCUGGAUGUUGUGACAACCCCAAACAAUGCUAUCAUCACAACUACAGAGGUCUGGGUUCAUCCAGACCGAGAGGUGGCCACGGCACAGUCCAUGGUCCAUCUCAGCGCUGGUCAGCAAGUCUGGGUACUUGGCUACCCGACAAACAUGAAUCCACCUCUGACUCAGCUUUGGGGUCUCAUCUACUCGUCCUUUUCAGGAUUUUUGUUGUAUCCUGAUUAGGAACUCCAAGUACAAUGACGAUUGCAAUUCACUUUUUAUCUUGUUAAAAAAAUUGCACAUACACUUGAUAAUCGCUCGUUAUUUUGUUGCAUCUUGAUUAAAAAGUACAAAUACAUGUAA